GUGUGUUUAAACAAAAUAUAAAUUUUUUGUCAAUCUGAAGUUAAUCCUGACAAAACAAUUUUCUUUUCCAGAACCAAAGGUUAGAUGGUCCUGGCCUUGAUUCUGAUGAUGAAUUUGGUGAAUUUGGUGGAUUUCAGGCAGCUGAACCAGUUCCACCUCAUGAGCCCCAAGGUAUAGCUGCUGGACCAAACGCUGGGAAUUUACCUUGGAUGAUGUUUCCUCCAGAUUUACAGCAAAGACCAGCCCAUUCUCAGCCUGACCUUCUGUGUGCCCAGAACACAUUUCCCAGGCAUCUUGAUUCACCACCAUCUGUCCAUGACCGAAUGGCACCAGAUAGUGUUGUGACUGGAGCAGCCGUCGUCAGUCAGUUUGAUGCCAAUCUCUUGCCAGACAUUGGACAGAAUUUGAAUCAUGGAAUGCAACCAAAUAUGAUGAAUGGCAUGUUUAAUGCUCCUCCCUCUGUAGCCGAUCACCAGGCGAGACGUUGUGAUCUCAGCAAUAGUGUUGCUGGGGUAGACCUUGUCAGCCCGGCAGGCCCAAGCUGGAGGCGUCCGUCAUAUGGCCAUGAAGGUCUCUCCAUGGCUGAUGUACCAGACCUCAACCAGCCAGCCAGCUGGCGCCAUGGAAAUGCAUCAGCAUCCCCUCGCUGUCCGAGCUUCGAUGAGGUCUUGAAUGGGCCACAACACUAUGUUCCUGACCAACGGAUGCAGCAACCUCUGCCCCAACCUCCACACCCUCCCGCACCUCUGCCGCAACAGGAACAACAACAACAGCAGCAGCAUCACCAAUCUUUACCACCCCACCAUCAUCCACACCACCAACGCGCACACCCACCAUCACAACAACAACAGCAACAGCAACAGCAGCAGCAGCCACCACCAUCUGUAAUUGAAGAUCUCGGUGGUGCUACUGGUGGUUUGCCUGUUGUUCCGAAGCAGGAGAGGCGGCGUGAUCAUUCGGAUGGACAAAGAGACAGUUACUUAUUGAAACAAUUGGAUGAACUACGCAGCAGAAAUAUAGAGCUUACCUCAAGGGUGGACAGCUUGCAAGUUCAGCUUUCUGAGCAGAAAUCCAAAUAUGAGUCUUUACAAGCGAAACAUGCAUCUGAUUUAGAAGCCAUUCGACAAGCUGGGCAUGAUGCUUUGGCUGUAGUUGUUGAAGAAUAUAAGAGUCUGUGUCGCACAGCUGUGUUGCAGCAACAAGAAGUAGCCGAAUCACACUUGAAAGAGAAGUUAAAAAGUGAAGCUGAUCAAUACACUCAAAUGUUGCAGGAACAGCAUGAACAGCUGUUUGAUGUUCUCAAGAAAGAAAAAGAAGAAAAUGAACACAGAAUCAAAACUGCCCUCGAAGACCAGAAAUCUGUGCAGCGGGAUGAAUUUGAAAAGUAUUUCCACCAGGAACAAAACCGUUAUCAGGAAUCCUUACAGAAAGUCAUGUCUGAAGAACAAACUCUGCAUCAAAGAGCUCUUGAUGAAGCACUUCACCAACAACAGCUGGAAUCCCAGAAGAAAUUUAAAGAAGAAAUG